GAGAGAUCGAUGGGAAUGGAGUGUCAUCCAUUGUUGAGUGGAGCCAGCGAUAGCAGAGGCUCAGGAGGUGAAGAUGGAAAUAAGUUUUACAAACGUAGGUUAACAUUAGGUGAGAUGGAGGCUUUGGCAAGCGUCUGCGAUGCUCUAUUACCUCCUUUGUCAUUAGAGGAUUCUAGUUUUGAAGGGAAGGAGGAGCUAUCUGGAAAUAAGGCUGUACAGUCUUUCUACCAGGCUUCUGGAGCUCAAUCUGGAAUCCCAGAUGAGGUUGCCCAGUUGUUGAUGAAGAGGGGUUUUACGGAAGCCAUAAUUCUGGUUAGAAUGGUUUUGUGGAUCAUAAGCACUAGGUUGGGCAGUCUACUGCUCUGUGGUUCUCUUUGCUUGGAUACCAAGUGGCCCUUUGUUCACAAGUUCUCAUGUCUGCCAUUGGAGAAGAGAGAGCGAGUUCUGCAGAGGUGGUUCAGGCACUGGCUUCUCACCCCGAUUAGGCUUGCUUUUCUUUACAUGAAGAUCCUUUGCGUCUUCGUUUUCUUCACCCGGGUUGACGAAAAUGCUGAAAACCCAGCAUGGAAAGCCAUUGGAUAUGAAGUAGAACCAGCUGAGAACACCAAAAGAGUGCCAGAAGAGAGGCCUCUUCACAAGGGAAUCAUAGAAACCAUAAACCAAACUGACACGAGCUUUAUAAAUUCUCUUGCUGACAAAGGCCUCGAAGUAACACAUGAUUCCAAGAACAACCUCUACAAGAUCAAAUGUGAUGUAGUAAUUGUUGGCUCUGGCUGUGGAGGAGGUGUUGCAGCAGCUGUUUUAGCAAGUUCAGGCCAGAAAGUGAUUGUUCUUGAGAAAGGGAACUACUUCACUGCGUCGGAUUAUUCGUCGCUGGAAGGUCCAUCCCAGGAUCAACUGUAUGAAUCAGGAGGCAUUCUUGCAACUUUUGAUGGGAAAGUAAUCCUUCAGGCUGGAUCAACAGUAGGUGGUGGAUCUUCUGUUAACUGGUCAGCCUGCAUUAAACCACCAGAUUCUUUACUUCAGGAAUGGGCCAAGGAUCACAAGAUUGCCUUCUACGGGAGCUCCGAAUACGUUUCGGCAAUCGAUGCUGUGUGGGAGAGAAUCGGGGUUACGGAGACUUGUGUAGAGGAGGGGUUCCAAAAUCAAGUGCUGCGAAAAGGGUGUGAGAAUUUAGGCCUUGCAGUUGACUUCGUUCCUCGCAAUUCUUCAGAGAAGCAUUAUUGUGGAUCGUGUGGCUAUGGUUGUAAGAAAGGAGAUAAAAGGGGGACUGAUACUACAUGGCUAGUGGAUGCAGUGGAUCAUGGUGCAGUGAUCUUAUCCGGUUGCAAAGCCGAGAGAUUUCUGUUAGAGAAGAGCUACAGGAGUGGAAGUACGAGGAAGAAGACAUGCUUGGGAAUAAUGGCAAAAAGUUUCAGUAAUAACAUAACAAAGAGACUGAAAAUUGAGGCAAAAGUAACAAUUUCAGCUUGUGGAGCUCUUUCGACUCCUCCCUUGAUGAUCUCUAGUGGACUAAAGAAUUGGCACAUAGGCCGAAAUCUUCAUCUCCACCCUGUCCUAAUGGCCUGGGGAUACUUCCCUGAGUCGAUUAAUUCAGAAUUCAAGGGUAAAAUCUAUGAGGGUGGAAUCAUCACAUCGGUCCAUGAGGUCGUGUCAGAGGACUCUAGGCCAAGAGCCAUCAUAGAAACUCCUGCAUUAGGGCCUGGAUCAUUUGCUGUUGUGUGCCCCUGGGAGUCUGGACUAGACAUGAAGAAAAGGAUGCUGAGAUUCUCAAGAACUGCACAUUUGAUCACAAUAAUCCGGGAUAAGGGUUCCGGAGUUAUUAGGAAGGAGAGAAAAGCAAGCUUUGAGCUUGAUGCAUCAGACAAAGAGAACUUGAAGGCUGGUUUGAGGCAGGCACUUAGGAUUCUAAUAGCAGCAGGAGCAGUUGAAGUUGGCACUCACCGCAGCGAUGGGCUGAGACUCAAAUGUGAAGGGAUUGAAAAGAAGGGACUAGAGGAGUUUCUGGACAGGGUCUCCGCAGAAGAAGGGCCACUGUCGCUGGUAGAGAAGUACACUACAUAUUCCUCAGCUCAUCAAAUGGGGAGCUGUAGAAUGGGAAUCAAUGAAAAAGAAGGCGCGGUUGAUCAGAAUGGGGGGAGUUGGGAAGCCGAAGGUCUAUUUGUCUUUGAUGGUAGUCUGUUGCCUAGUGCUGUUGGUGUCAAUCCGAUGAUCACCAUUGAAUCAACUGCAUACUAUCUCUCAAAGAGACUGUCAGAAUCUCUGAGAAAACAAUAAUUUUCCAAUGUUGGUUGAUUUUUCUGUC